AUGGCCUUCAACUUCAACUGGUCGCCUCUGACGGCCGACGCGGGCUUCUAUAAGCGCGCCCGGGAUCUCCUGACGACGGCACUCAACAAGUCUCCGAAGCCCCCCAUCAUCGUCGAUGACAUUAUCGUGACUGAGUUCAACCUCGGCUCCGUGCCGCCGGAUCUGGAAAUUCUCGAGAUCGGCGACCUGGCCGAGGACCGUUUCCGCGGCAUAUUCAAGAUGUGCUAUUCGGGGGAUGCGUUCUUGACACUCAAGACAAGAGUUCAGGCAAAUCCGCUAAACACAUGUCUUUCCGCCAAGCCAGACUUCACAUCCCCACAACCGCUAGCGGCGGCAUCGAGUCUCACGAUACCCCUGCAGAUCACGUUAUCCGAGUUCAAGCUCUCAGCGUUCAUCAUCCUCGUCUUCUCCAAACAAAAAGGGUUAACGAUAGUCUUUCGCAAUGACCCCCUCGAGUCUCUCAAGGUCUCGUCAACCUUCGACUCGAUCCAGUUCGUCCGCGACUACCUCCAGAGGACGAUCGAGGGCAAGCUGCGGGACUUGUUCAUGGAUGAGCUGCCUGCCAUCAUCCACCGGCUAUCAUUACAGCUUUGGUGUCCGGACCAGAUCGCGAAGGAGGACGAGGAACCGAAGGAGGCCGACGAGCACGGCGUGAACCCAUUGGCCACGCCACCUUUGGACGCCGUGGACUUGCAUGGGCACCUCCUCGAUCCUGCUGCGAUAUCGGAAUUAUCCCUUGAUGGGGGUCCGGAGGCGCAACUUCUUUUCUCGCAAAAGACCCUGCUACGAUUGUCCGAUAUCACAAAUUCCCAGGUGACGUCCUCAUUGGACACCUCGGAAACGAAAGACGUUCUCUUCCGGGCUUGGGCCGGGCCAGACAAGGUUGAUCUGACGAACACCACGCCGCUAGCAACGCCGAGCUUGGCCAGGUCUUACUCCUACACCAGCCCCCAUACCUACACCUUCUCGGACAACGGUAGCCAAGAUCAAGGCUCGCUCCCGUCACGGCCUUCACUAGUACAUCUCAACUCAGCAACCGCAGGCUUAUCGCUAGGCUCCGGCCGACACAGCAAGGCUGGCCGGAAGAAGAAGACGCGAGUAGUCAAUCUACGCCGCAAGGCUGAGACUGAGGCCAAUAGCGAGGAGGAAGAGGACACGCCCGAGACCGACUCUAUUGAGCCUCCUAUGUCAGAACCUAUCAUGCCCCAUCCGAUUCUCGAGGAGUCAGACGAGGAGCUGGCAUCAAACAAGGUGCACUUCGGCAGAUCUCCAGACCUCCAGCAACAGCCCCGGAGACCGUCCUUUAGGGCUCAGGCUACCAACGCCCCCGAGGUCCCUGUUCCCUCGGUCGAACUCGGCAAAACCGCAGUGCCUCCCCUGCAGUCCUCGGAGAAACAGGCUGCUAGAUUUCCUUCUCAGGACCCUGCUUUUGUCGACAGCAAAACGGGGCGGCCGCGCCCCAGGUCGGACACGUCGUCCGUCAUCUUGGAGCAGGCCUGGAUCAUGAAAAUGGCGGGCGAGAUUGCCCGCCGCGUCUAUGACGAAAAGAAUGGGAAUCCCACUUUUUGGGACGACCAGGACGACACCCCGCCGCCCGCAUAUGAGGCGAGGUAA